CACUAGGGGGCGUGGUAGUGAGCGAAGGGGACUCUGUAGGGCACACUUCCGGGAUUCUCCGCGGAGAACUACAGUCCCCGAAGUUGCAGCCCCGCGGUCUCCGAGCGGUAGCGGAACUUCCGGGCCACGCUGGCCCAGACGUUCCGUGCGGAGUAAGGGCACUUGCGGAGACCGCCGGGAGUCGUAGUCCGGCACGCGGCGGCCGCCGGGAGCUGUGGGCCGUCUGGCCUGCCCAGUCAGCGCCGUGCUGCCCGCCCCACACUCGGAGCCUACAGUCGCCGCCCAGGGGGAUGCGGGAGCCCCUGGUUCCGGCGAGGAGAGAGGCAGGCGGCGUGAGGGGCGUUGCUGGGCAACGGGCAAGCGCUGCUGUUGGGGAGCCGAGGGCGGCAUGUCCCAGGGCCCGGGAGCACAGCCGAGCCCGCUCCCCGUGUACCAUGAGCGGCAGCGCCUGGAGCUGUGUGCCAUCCACGCCCUCAACAACGUCCUCCAGCAGCAGCUCUUUAGCCAGGAGGCUGCCGAUGAGAUCUGCAAGAGGUUGGCCCCCGACUGCCGGCUGAACCCCCAUCGCAGCCUCCUGGGCACCGGCAACUAUGACGUCAACGUGAUUAUGGCCGCACUGCAGGGACUGGGCCUGGCCGCAGUGUGGUGGGACAGAAGGAGGCCCCUGUCCCAGCUGGCCCUGCCCCAAGUGCUGGGGCUGAUCCUGAACCUGCCCUCGCCCGUGUCGCUGGGGCUGCUGUCCCUGCCCCUGCGCCGGCGGCACUGGGUGGCCCUGCGCCAGGUGGACGGUGUCUACUACAACCUGGACUCCAAGCUGCGGGCGCCUGAGGCCCUGGGGGAUGAGGACGGCGUCAGGUCCUUCCUGGCAGCCGCCCUAGCUCAGGGCUUGUGUGAGGUGCUGCUGGUGGUGACCAGGGACGUGGAGGAAACGGGCUGCUGGCUUCGCACAGACUGACGCCGUGGAGGAGGGAACCACUGCCGUCCACCCAGCGUGUCCCUGUGCGGCUCCUGUGCCUGCGCCUCAGGGACCCUGCGGAGGCCCCUCCCCCUUUCCCCACCUCUGCUUCCCAAUGCCGCUGCUGCCUCAAUAAACGUGCAGAUUUGCUCCA